AGGAUAGAGAGGCACAGUGCAGUCACUGCUGAACAUCAACACAUUGCAAUGUCUGCAGGAGCCAAGGACCCCCAGAAACCAUCCAUGGCCAAACAGGAAAGGAAGCUCAGAAAGCCACUUAUAGAGCGUAAGAGAAGAGAGAGAAUCAAUUCCUGCCUGGAACAACUGAAAGAAACUGUAAUCCAGGCAUUCCAUCUUGAUCAGUCCAAGUUGGAGAAAGCAGACAUUCUGGAGAUGACAGUGAGACAUCUGGAAAACAUUCAGAGGAGCAGAAGCUCAGGAGAAGGCUCUCAGUGUGUGGAAUCCCAGCAGAGAUUCAGUACAGGAUACAUCCAAUGUAUGCAUGAACUCCACAACCUGCUUCUUAACUGUGACUGGAUGGACCAAGCUCUUGGUGCACGUCUUCUCAACCAUCUGCUGAAAUCCCUUCCUAGGGUCAAGGAUGCCAGCCCUGAGCUGCCCAUAAGCUGUGAGGAGAGUGCUGGGAGGACCAUGUCACCAGCUCUGAAGCCUGAUCCUGACCCGGAGCCACAUACUAAUGUCCUGAAAAAACAUUGUCCCCUUGUGGGCUCUCUGCAAAUGUGGAGGCCCUGGUAG